AUGGCAAUGGUGAUGAUGGUUGUAGCGACGACAAUGGCAAUGAGUGGUGGCAACAACAAUGAUGAUGGUUGUUAUUUCAACAAUGGUGGUGAUGAUGGUGACAAUAGUGGUGAUUGUUAUGACGACAAUGGUGAUGGUGGUGGUAGUUUUGUGUAUGACAAAGAUGGUGGUAGAAACGAUGGUGAGAGAGGUGGCACAAAUGGUGGUGGUGGUUGUUAUAUCAACAAUGGUGGUGGUGGUGACGAUGGGGACGACGGUGGUAGUGGUGGUAGUGGUUGCUUUGAUGAAGAUGAUGGUGACAAUAAUAGUGGUUGUGGUGGUGGUGGUGGCGAUUACAGUGAUAAGGGUGGUGCAGAUGGCAAUGACGACGGUGGCGACAAGGACAAUAGUGAUAGGAUUGGUGACCGUGACAGUGAUGACGACUACAAUGAUGGCGAUGGUGGCAUUGGGAGGUGA